AAAUAAAAAAAAAAUGUAUUGCUAACUUGUUCACAUAAGAUUGUGAUAUACGUAAACUAGUUCAUUUAUGAUCCCUGGCAGUCGCAGACAUGGUGUCGCUGUCGCCACUCGCAAACCCUUCAUCUCUUCUAUCUUCUACCACCUUUCUUCAUCCAUUGAUGUUCCAUUACCCUCCAAACCCUUCACCCUCCCACCCCAAACUCAAAGCCCAAUUCUCCGUCACCCAACAACCACAACCGUCCACCACCAAGCACUCCAUUCGCCGCCGCCGCACCGUCGCCAUUGCCAACGCCGAGUUCGCGUCCUUCAUUGCUCUCUUUCAACAAUUCGGAAUCGGCUCUGCGGAGACCCAAUCGCUCUUCUUCAACAACCCCGACCUAACCACCGUCUCAAUCGAAUCACUGCGCGCUCGCAUUCUCUCUCUGCGCUCUCUCGGCUUCGACCCUCUCACUCUCUGCAAAUUACUCACAAAGCGCCCAACCCUCUUAACAUCUCACCAAAUCGACCCUUUGGUAACCUUUCUCAGAGACAAUUUGCAAGGAAAACUCGACAAACACCAACUCAAUCGCCUCUUCUCCGCUACGGACCCAAAACUGUUUGAGACUUUUCCCCACAAGGUUCAAACCCUCGUUGACCGGGGAAUCCCCGUUGACCAAAUUGUGCACGUGCUCAACAACGUGAGUCUGCCAAAGGCCUUGUGUCAAAGGUCGGUUGAGGAUAUCCACAGAAUUGUAUCUUUCUUAGAACCCUUUGGUGGCAUUGCUUUGAUUCUCAAGCGCCCUGCCGUUUUGAACCAUGAUUUGGAUACUCAGCUUGUUCCAAGAGUCAAGCUUUUGAUGGAGCUUAGUGAUGGAGACAGGGAUGGUGUUAAGAAAGUGCUGCUUAGGUUCCCUAUCUUCUUGAAUUAUAGUGAGAAACAUGUGGAGGAACAUGUAGGGUUUCUGAGAUCUUUUGUGGAGCUUGAUGACAGACAGAUAUUUAGGAUAAUACUGGGGUUCCCGGCUAUUGUUACUGCUAGCAGAGAGAGGAAACUGCGUCCUAGGAUACGGUUUCUCAAGGAAUGUGGGUUGGAUUCGGGUGAUAUCUUCAACUUCUUGGUUAAAGCGCCAACUUUUCUAAGCAAUUCGUUCCAUGAGAACAUUGCAUAUAAGCUGGUGUUGCUGGUCAAGAUUGGGUAUAGGCAUAGGUCAAAGGAGUUGGCAAUGGCGGUUAGGGCUGCUACUAGGACAAACUGUGAGAACAUGCAGAAGGUUAUUGGUUUGUACUUGAAUUAUGGGUUUACGUGUGAAGACAUUGUUGCAAUGAGCAAGAAGCAGCCGCAGAUUCUGCAGUAUAACCACGAUUCUUUGCAGAAGAAGAUGGAGUACCUGAUAGAGGAUAUGGGCCGUGACAUUGGGGAGUUGCUGCUUUUUCCUGCAUUCCUUGGUUACAAGUUUGAUGACAGGAUUAAGCAUAGGUAUGAAGUGAAGAAGAGUGUUAGAGGGGCGGGAAUGUCUAUCAAUAAGCUUUUAGCUGUUUCCGAGGAGAGAUUCAGUGGCAAACGAAAAAUGGCCCAUGCCAUAGAUGAACUUGAGUAACAUAAAAGUCCAAAAAAGAACCGCACCCGGUGCAAAUUUGGAUCUAAUGGCCUUCAUUAACAUUACUGUAAAAGACAAGAGGGAACGGAAUAUUUGAAAUUCCUUGCAGUUUGAAAAGCAACUGCAGAGGAUCAUAGUAUAUUCUUUGCUUCUGUGGAGAAAGGCAGGAGGGAACGGAAUAUUACAUACUACUCAAACGCUCCAGCUGCUCGUAGAUCAACCACAAUAAACAGUUUUUGCUUAAAGUUCCUUACCUGAUUAUUCACUAUAAGAAAUUUUCAAAUCUUGCAGCAUUUAACUCUGCAAAAGCAAUAUUCACCCGGAACCAACGUGUUGAAGGGAGAGCCCAGGAAACUUAGAAAUCCAUUUGGAUUUGAAUGCGGGAAAAUUUAGUGGAUACCAAAUUCUAUUCAACACCUAGAAAGGUAAAGCACGAGAAGUGUAGGUGUGAUAGAUAAUAUGAUGAGACAGGAAGGGAAAUAAUAAGCGUUUAUUGAGUGAAUGAUAUGUAGUGGUAUCUAAACAUCAUUAAUCUUUGAAUAUGGAAUCAUGAAUCCAAGAAUGUCAGCACUGCUCGUGUAUCACAUGGAUUCAGUUGAUCAUAUACAACUGUACCAUGUCUAUGGGCAACAGUACUCAAUCUCCCCAUGUCCUGCCCCAAUUAACACUAUGCUACACAUUGACCUCUUACUUUCAAUAACCAUUCCAUCCCUUGGAAACUCAACAACCAUAACUAGAAUAGUCACAAAUGUUGGAACGAUGCACUUAAAAUAUAAAGGUGUUGUCGAUCCUCCACUUG